AUGGCUGGCCAGGCGCAGCGCCUGCACGACCUAGAAAUUGGUCGGCAUCGCGUGGAGGAGCUGGCAGAGCUCCAGAGGACGCAGGGCCUUGCCUUCGGCAAGCAGGAAGCCUCGCUGUCCCUCCUCCGGGAGGACCUCAAGAACGAGCAACGCAUUCGGAAAGAGGAGAUCUACAGCAAGCUGCGGGAACUGGCAGCUCGGCCUGUCCGGCCAGAGGAGCACGGCAGGGCAGCAGGGUGUGAGCUGUUUCUCAAUCUACACCUGACAGAGCCCUCGCCACUUGUGCAAAGAGCUUCCUACUUUCGAGGUCUCCUCCUUGUCCUGUGCCAGCAGUCCGGCUUGAAGGGUAGAGCCUAG